AUGACAUUUAAUCAUCCAUUAUACGAUCAAUUGAAGAAUUACAAUGUGGUGCUAGGCCUGCUGUCGCCACGUAGGAAGGAAAUCAUAUCAGCAAACGUCGGAAUCAAGGAUUUCACUAUAGUCAAGUCGACGUUUGAAGAAGACAUCACCAAAGAAGGUCUUUCUGAUCUAGAGUAUGUGACGCAAACAGCAGGGGCCAAGAUCCCAAGUAUACUUGAACAACUUGAAGGAACAAAUAGUGUCGUGAUUGCCGCAGAUACAAUUGUGUCCUGUCAAGGAAAGGUCUACGAAAAGCCUGGUACACCACAAAGACAGAUGGAGAUGCUCAAAGACUUCCGUGAAGCAAGACAUGUUACAGUUAUUACUUCCGUUCAUGUUAUUGUUAUUAAGGAUGGCCAAGAAAAGCGUGUUUCUGGCUAUGAGGUGACUGACUUGCAAUUCAACAGUGACCUUCUGGACAGAGAGCUUCAGAACUACGCAGACUGUGGGGAGGGCUUGCAUGUUGCAGGUGGUUUCCAGUACCAAAGCAUCGGAAAUCUCUUGUUCACCGGUCUUAAGGGUGACUACUUCAACGUUGUGGGCUUACCUGCUUCAAAGACUUUCUCCUUGCUUUGCGAGGCCCUUCAAGUCAGAUCUGCUUAG